CUUCCUGGGGGCAAUGUACAUGGAAAACUCAAUUGUGGUCGAUCAAAGCAUUUCAUAAGUUCUCUAAAUGAAUAUGCGCGCGUUCUCAUACUUUCCGACACGCCGCAUUUACAUAUCACGAUCUACAGGAUUGAUAUGAGUAUAAAAGGCCUCACAGUUCAUGUUUACAGCGCUACUGUACCUUCGCUUUCUCAUGUCUCAGAACGUCAGCGCAAACUUGUCAGAUCUUGUCAUUCGUGAAGUCACAUCUGGCAUAUGGACAUUCUCUCGACCCUUCGGACGAGGUCCUCUUGGACUUUUACCCUGGGGAGGUCGCUCAACUGCCAUCAAGCUUUCAACUGGCGAUGUAUGGGUACUUGCCUCAACACCACUCACUGAAGACACAAAGUCUGCCAUAGACGCCCUGGGGGCGGUCAAGUGGAUUAUCGCUGCCGACAUUGUGCAUCAUCUCUUCAUUGGUCAGUACAAGAAAGAAUAUCCAGAAGCAAAGGUCAUUGGUGUCGAGGGGCUAAGAGAGAAAAAGAAGCAGAGCAAGGAAGAUCUAAUCAUCGACGGGGAAUACGGCACCGACCCACAUGAGACACUCUAUGGGUUCGAAAAUGAGAUCAAAGCUUGUUUUUUCUCGGGAUUCGCCAACAAAGACAUCGCAUUCCUGCACGUUGCAACCAAGACUUUGAUUGUCGCCGACCUGUUGUUCAAUCUUCCUGGGACUGAACAGUAUUCUAAGUCGAAGAUCUCCCCGAAAGUGCCAAUCAUAGGCAAACUAAAUCCAACAAGCACUAUCCUCAAACGAUUGCUUUGGACAAUCGGAAAAGACAAAGAUGCAAUGCGACGGGAUGCGAAGAUCGUGCGCGAGUGGGAUUUUGAGAGAAUCAUAAUGUGUCAUGGAGACGUGAUCGAGACGGGGGGCCAGAGAGCAUGGGAGGAGGCUUACUCCAAAUACCUGUCCUAAAGACCUCAAGGGAUACGCAUUUCACUUUAUUAAGUUCCUACUUCAUACUCGCGAUAUCUACUAUCAUUACACGUGAAACAGGCGUGUUUUUUUGUCGCUGGUGGUAUAUAUUUGACUUGUAUUAUUAUAUGUAGGUCUUGAUCUUUAGCUUUCUUAGAAUGGAUCAAGCUAAUUGUGAAAUAUCAUAUGCCGGACUCCGUAUGAAUUCAGUAGUAUUGAGCUGCUAUUAGUUAUCACUUUUAACGCUUCGUCAUUGUACCGAAGCCGU